AUGCUGAUCAUCCUGGACCUAGACAAGUGCCCCAUCAAGUACUGGCCUUGGGGAUUAAGAAGGCUUUCGUAUCUUCAAGAACUCUAUGGAUUCGUUGUGAGUCAUCUUAGAAAGCUAUGUGCCUCUCUUCUUAAGAUUAAGGAACUGACCACCAUAAGAGAACUGCAAAUACGUAUAAGUGAUACCACAGUAAUCUCAGACAAUGCACUUGAUGUCCUAUGUCAGCUUAAAGGGAUCAAGGUUUUAGCUAUUGAUGCGGAAGGUUGUACAAAGAGCGAUGUUUUCAAAAUGCUAGACAACCUGACUCCUCCUCCAAGUUCCAACACUCCAAGAGCUACUGCUUCCUGGAAACUUGAAGGUCUGUGUUUGUGUCUCGUGAGGCUUGAGGUAGAUUGGGAGGACUUGAAGGAGGAUAUGCCUGAACUACGCUAA